AUGGAUAGCAACGGCGAGGGUGGUAAUGUUGGCGUUGCCAGUAGUGGGGCUGAUAAUGGCAGUACUGCGGGGUAUGAUCCAUUCAAAGACCCAAAGAGGAAGGCCAAAUCAAAUGACCCAAGGUGGAAGUAUGGGUAUUGGCCUGACCUUACAGACAAAAAUCUUGUCAAAUGCAAUCUGUGCAAAAAAGAUCUCAGAGGUGGGAUUAAAAGGAUAAAGCAAAAUUUGGUGGGUGGCUAUGGAGAUGUUGCGAAGUGCACCAAGACAACUACAGCAAUUGCUCAAGAGAUGAAUCAAGCUUUAAUGCGCAAUAGGAAGAAGAAGGGAGGAGGAGGAGAAGAGACAUCUCUACAGGUUGAGCAGAUACAGUCUCAAUCUGGUCCUAGUACUGGUAGGUCUCAAUCUUCUUCCAAAGUGAUUCCAAGCUCUGGUACAGCUGCAAAGAGAAAGAGGAAUGUCAUAAUUCAGCCACAAGUAAGGGGUCCCAUGGAUGCUCAUGUGAGACGGACACCUGAACAAGUGGUUGCUAAUAGGAGGCUUAAAGGCCGUAACCAAACUACAAUAGAGAACCGGAUGAGAUCAGCUGAAGAGAAAAAGAGAGUUGAUAAUCAUAUUGUGGAUUGGCUUUAUGAGUGUGGGAUUCCAUUUAAUGCACUAAAGUCAAGAAGCUUUGAAGUGAUGAUUGAAUCCGUUGCACAAUAUGGGUCCGGAUAUAGGCCCCCUACUUAUCAUGAAGCGAGGGUGUCUUUGUUAAAGUCAGCAAAGGAGAGAACUGCAGAGAUGAAAAAGACCUAUGAAGGGUAUUGGAAGCAGUUUGGAUGUACACUCAUGUCUGAUGGGUGGACAGAUAAAAAGGGAAGACAUUUGAUCAACUUCCUUGUCAACUGUCCGGAGGGGACUUAUUUUAUGGGUUCUAUUGAUGCAUCAAGUUAUGUACAAGAUGCAAAUACCUUGUUUCAAUUACUUGAUAGCAAGGUAGAAGAAAUUGGGGAAGAAUAUGUUGUGCAAGUUGUUACAGAUAAUGCUGCCAAUCAUAAAGCAGCUGGUGCAUUGUUGAUGGAGAAGAGGACAAGGCUCUAUUGGACUCCUUGUGCAACUCACUGCAUUGAUCUUAUGUUGGAAGAUAUUGGUAACUUGAAGGCAUACAAGAAGGUGAUAGUGAAGGCUAGGAAACAAACAACAUUCAUCUACAGACACACACGCCUUCUAGAUGCCAUGAGAGCUAAAACAAAUGGGAGAGAUCUUGUGAGGGCUGCUGUAACAAGAUUUGCAACUUCAUUUCUAACACUCCAGAGCUUAUUGAGGCAUAAGGAUGACUUGAGGCAUUUAUUUAUUUCUGAUGAUUGGAAGCAUUCUAAUUUGGCAAAGACAGAGGCAGGAAAGAAAGUGGCUGAAACAGUCUUUGCUAUUACAUUUUGGAAUGGUGUGGAAGACUGUAUCAGAGCAUCAAAAGCACUUAUUGUUGUUUUGAGGAUUGUAGAUGCUGAUGAGAAGCCUGCCUUGCCUGAAGUCUAUGUUGCCAUGGAAGAGGCUAAAAAGAUGAUUAAGAAAAAUUUUGGGGAUAAAGACAGGUUGUGGAAGAAAGUCAUAAAUAUUGUUAAUAGGCGAUGGAAGUGUCAGAUGGAGCGCCCAUUGUAUGCUGCUGCAUUGUUUCUUAAUCCUGGGAAGUUUUUUCAGUAUUCAGAAGCUGAGGAUUAUCAAAUGAGACAGACUUUACAAACGGCUUUUAAUCAAGUCACCUCAAGAUUAGUGCCUGAUCCAUCUUUACAAGACAAGAUAUUACAUCAGGCUGGUGAAUAUAGAAAUGCUCGAGGUCUUUUUUCGAGCAGUAUGGCCAUUAGACAACGGACAACUAUGAAUCCUAGUAAGUAG